AUGGCUCCGAACCCUUCUCUCGUGCCUCGCGAGGCUCAUACACCGCAGCCGGUUCCCAUAGGUGGAGAUACUAUGUCGGUUAUCGUCUCACUUGCCGCUACUUCGAUAUUGUCCAUCUUUCUAUUCCAAAGAAUCACUGCAGUUCGCUCAUGGUCACGAUUACCCUUCGUCGCUUGGCUCGUUCUCAUCAUCUAUAUCGAUUCUUAUGGCUUCGUCUUCACCUCGGCGGUCCUCCAACAGGUUUUCGGCGUCAACUCCAGCUUCAACAUCUGCCAUGGAGCAAUUCUCUUAUGUCUUAUCUGUUAUGUGACAACCAAGAUUCUUAUCUAUGUCUUCCUUGUCGAGAAAGCACAUGUUAUUCGAAGCUCUACAACACGAAGGCGAAACUCGAAGCUUUACUUAUUCAACAUGAUCACUCUUCUCGUCGGUUAUGGAGUCGUUGUGGUAAUGAACUUCAUGUUUCGCAUUGCCAGAAUUGUCAAUGGAGAGUGCUUCAUUGGAAUGCAAAAGAUCUCAAUGAUUCCUCUUAUCGCUUUCGAUGCUGUCGUCAACGUCUACCUGACUGUCCUUUUCCUUAUUCCUCUUAAGAACCUCUACUCCUUCAAGAACUUGCCAAAGACCGGCGCCAACUCUCGCCUUCGCAGCGUUGCCGUCCGCACUUUCGUCGGUGCUUGCUGCACCCUCACAAGCAGUAUUGUCAACUUGACGGUUCUGAUGGUUCUCAAUGGUGAGCCCGGGUGGGUGUGCCUCAUGUGCUGUAACAGCGAUGUUCUCUUCUCGGCUAUCGUUGUUCAAUGGGUCACUUCCCGUGACAGUGCCGGUUCCUCAAGUCAACCCGCUUCGGAUGCCAUCGACAACAGCUACAUCGCCAGACGAUCAUCAGUAGCUCAUCCGAUGAGCAACCUGCGAUCUCCCAGCGCUCCUAAUGCCGGUCAUGAUAUUGACGACGAGACCCUCCUUGUUUCGCCAGGCGUAGUCGCCUUCGCUAGCGAUGCCGGCUCUGAGGUGACCAAGGUCAGCAGUGGUGUUGUCGUUACAACAACCAUCCAUCGUCAGAGCAAGCCUACCAUGGAUCGUAAGGAGAGUCUUGAAGAUGAUAUCGAGACUAUUGGCGAGUCUGAAUCAGACUUUCCGUUACGACCAGCAGUCUACACACCAGGUCAAACUAAUGUCUCUGAGCCACUGCGGACACGGAUUCAAGGGGGCGCUAGACCACAGCAUCAGCGAACGAAAACACUUUCAUUCUCACGGCCGUUGAACUGA